AUAACCCUCGAGCAUCUAUAAAAUGGGCAAUAGCUUUAUCCGGUUUCUAGGCGGUUGGAAAGAGAUGUCCAUAGCCACUGAUCUAAACCAAGCCACCAUCCCAUCUUCAGACGACUAGCUAGUACUGUUGAGACUUGAUAAAUUCAACUAUGGCCCAGCAGAAACAGAACUCAUACGGAUACUACAAGGCGACGUACUCGCUCGACGAAGACCGAGCGAUAUACGGCCUUGGGCAAAACCGCGACAUGCCCUCCCUUUGUCCGAAUUGCAAAGGCAACCCGAGAGAUCGAGUACACUGCACCCGGUGCGGCGCAACCGGGAUGUUAGGAGUCCCGGGCAUCAGCGCCGGUGAGAGGCGCCGAGACAGAACCCAGGCAGCUUCUCCCGGGGGCCCUAGUCCAGGGCGUGGGAGCUCUAGGGGGGAUUCGUCGGUUUUUCGAGAGGCGAGACGGUGAUGGUUGGGCUGGAUGUGGGACUCGCCCGGGCUUGCUUGAUUGUAUUGUAUACCUACUAGGUAAUUUGAGGGGGUGAGUUAUAUCCUUCGGGAAUGAGUUGGGCUGUAUCUGUUGCUAGGGGCUACUUCGCAAGCAAUGACAUCU